AUGGUUCUCCAGCCAACACCGUCUAAUGAUCCAAAUGAACCGUUGAAUUGGAGCAUCUGGCGCAAAUUGGUCAACUUCACAUUCGUUCUUGCAGUGACUGUCGCCUCAUUCACAGCCAUCCAAGUGCAAGCAAUAUUCUGGCCGCAGAUGCUCGGAGACAUGGACGUGAACCAGAGACAGCUCAGUUAUGGUUUGGCAGUCCAGGUUGUGGGCCUCGCCAUGGGAUGUCUUCUCCUCAUCCCUCUGACCAAGAAGUACGGCAAGCGACUGACAUAUAUACUGGCAACACUCGUCAUGGCCGGCAUGUCCUUCUGGUCAGCAGAGAUGAAGACUGCUGUCGAGCUGUACAUGACCAAUUUGCUGUAUGGGCUUGCUUGUUCCGUGAACGAGACAGUGGUACAAAUGACUAUUGCGGAUCUUUUCUUUGUCCAUCAACGCGGAAGCGCCAACGCCGCCUACAUCGUGGCCGUCAUGGUCGGCAGUUUCCUCACAACCAUGGCCGCAGGAGUGCAAGCGGAGCAACAGGGCUGGCGCUGGUCGUACCGGUCGGUGGGCAUUGCGUUGACUAUUCUGGCCGUUCUCUUCAUUCUUUUCUUUGAGGAGUCCAAAUACAUUCCUGUCACCGAGGGCUACUCCGCUCGCAGCUUGGGAGUCAUACCGUCACACGACAGCAGCCUGGAACGCGCCCAGGAGAAGAACGCGGACGUCGAGAAGACAAACAUAGGCAACGGCAUGCACCCAACCAUGUCAGCGCCAUACGAUUCAACCGAUCCGCCACCCCGUCAUACAUACAGACGCCGUAUGCGUCUGGUUACCAAGACCAACGAGUCCCUGUUGAAACUGGCCUUCUCUCCUCUACGCACCGCCACACUGCCGCACGUUCUCUACACGGCCAUCCAAUACGCCAAUGCCAUCUCAUUCCUGGUGCUGCUCGCGACGUGCAACUCGAUCCUCUUUUCCGCUCCGCCCUACAACUUCAACGUGGCCGGCAUAGGGUACAUGGCGCUGGGCCCCUUUGUCGGGAACGUGUUUGGCAGCAUCUACGGAGGCCCUUUCACCGAUUGGUUCAUCGUGCAGAUUGCGCGCCGCCGAGGCGGCUACUACGAGCCCGAGAUGCGGCUGUACAGCCUGGGCCUGCCCGCGCUGUGCAUGUCGGGCGGCAUCAUCAUGUACGGGACCACUAUCGACCGAGGCAUGCACUGGAUAUUUCCGAGCAUCGGCGGGGCUCUCUUUGCCUUUGGCCUGGGCUCCAUUGGGGAUGCGUCCUUUACGUUGAUCAUCGACACGUACCGCGAGCUGACGGCAGAGUGCUUUGUAUUCGUCACGUUCGUCCGCAAUGCCGUGACGGUGGCUGUUCCUUUUUACAAUAUCCCUUGGAUUGAAAGCAUGGGACUAACCAAGAUGUUUGUCAUGGCUGGAUGUAUCAAUCUGUUCUUCAGUUUACUCUUCAUUCCGCUUGUUAUUUAUGGAAAGAGAAUCAGGAUUGCACUCCAUGGACACUACGAUAGAAUGGUGGAGAGCCAGUAG